UGACAACGAGAAAAACAUUCUUUGGAAAGAAAGCCGAAAGAAAAUUCAAAUAUUUGAAGMARUUUUUCUCUGUAUUUCACAAUGCCAGAUAAAGUCCGGUUAGCAAGUAUACACGAAGCUGUACGGUACGGKGAUGUACUAGAACUACAAGCCAUGGUUCAACGAGGAGCUGGCAUUAAUGCAUUGGAUAGCAAGUUUAAAUUUACACCACUACAUUGGGCUGCACUUCAUGGAACUCUAGAAUGUUUACAUUGGUUGCUAUGGCAUGGUGCUGAUCAUUCUGACAGGACACCAGAGGGAUGGACCGCAUCACACCUUGCUGCUAUACRUGGACAAGAUAAUUGCAUUCAGUCCCUUGCUGCAAAUGGUGCUGAUUUGAAUGCAAAGGACAGUAGAGGGUGUUGUCCUUCCCAUUUGGCUGCCUCUCAUGGCAACUCUUACACACUUCAAUCCAUCCUUAGACAUGGAGUUGAUAUAAAUGCAACUGAUAACAUGGGGUGGACAGCUGUACACUGUGCUGCAUUUCAUGGUCGACUUGGAUGUCUACAAUUGCUUCACAGAUGGGGUGCAAGUUUAGAUGAAGUAGAUAAUGCUGGUAACAUAGCAGCCCACCUGGCAGCAAGUGAGGGUCAUCUUCCUUGCCUCAAAUUCCUGGUCUGUUCUGGUACAAGUAUUGAUCACACCCUUAACGCUAGGAAUGACCAGGGAGAGACACCAAAGAACUUGUGUCAGCAGUUUUACAAGAAUGAAUGCAUGGAAUACUUGAAGGCAGUUGAAUAUGACUUACUCCAUCCUGAAGAUGAAGAAAACCUUGCAUUUCCUGCCCAUGUAUCAGCCUACAACGGUGACUUGCCACAGCUUAAGAUGCUUAUUGAGACAGGAGUAGUGUCAAUCAAUGAAAGGGAUGGCAAGGGUUCAACUCCUGCACACAAAGCUGCCGGCAAUGGACAUGUCCAGCUUUUACAAUGGCUUAUUGAAAAUGGAGCAAAUAUGAUGAUAGUGAAUUCAGCAGGGGAGACACCAAAAGAUGUUGCUCGCCGUUUUGGGCGGCUUGGUUGCCUAGCAAUCCUUGGUGGUGAUUCAGAUCAAGAGGACAAUAACAUGGUGGAUGAAGGAGCAGAAGAUUUCCAGCCAGCUGAACCACAGUCUAAAGCUGAAGCAAGAGGUCGAGCCAUGCGUAAAAUCGAAGAGUUGGUACAUCUUCUUGACGUAGCGAAAAUGAACUACAGACAACUUGGUGGUGUUUUAGACGAAGACCAGAAAAAACUUGAAGAGGAAAAAGAAAGUGCUAGGAUCAUACGUGAACUCGAAGCCCAGCUAGAGUACGAGCGAGAAAAGCGAGAAAGACUUGAAGCACAAAUGGAUCGCUUACGAGCACAAAUACAUACUUUAACUUUACAACUUGAAGACGAAAGAUCCUUAUAUCGUAGUGUGUCGGAUACUAGAGUGACUUCCAAGACUUCUAGUCAACCACAGCAGUCCAUGCUCAGACGAAAGAAAAAGAAAUCUAAAAAGAUUGAUACAACGUCAAGCGGUGUUUUUGUACGUAGGGGCGUAUCAAGUCCAAACCCUCUGCACUGUCUCGACAAGGAUUGAUAUAUAUGUGUGGACUGAAACCAAGCCCAUGCAUUAGCACGUAUAAGUCAACCGUAUUUAUGAGCUUUUUAUGUCCCUACUCUCUGCAAUGUCUCGACAAGGAUUGGCCGAUGAGGACUGAAACCACGCCGAAGAUUUCAGCAUGAAUGUAGUCAACAGUACUUACAUCAAUCGUUGUUUUAUGUAGAGGCGGAAGUCCAAAUUCUAUGGACCGUCUCGCUCCGGACUACGCCAUGUGAACAUGUAUAUAGUGAAUAAUAUUUAUAUUUAUCGUGA